AUGGAGCACCCAAACAUCACAAACUUUAGUGACACGACAAUCAACGGCAACAUCACCGACGAAUCCAUCGUAACGCUACGCCAUUCAGCUGCCGGUUGGACCAUCCUGGUGACCCUUAAACUGCUCAUCUCGGUGGUUUCCGUUCUUCUCAACUCCGCCGUUCUGCUCAUCCACUAUUUCAUUCCGGUCUAUGUAAAUCCGUUCAGCGUGUACCUGUUGGCGCUGUACUUAGCCAACCUCUUCUACAUCCUCACCUCGCGUCCCAUGGAGAUCCUCGACGAGCUCUUCGGCCUCUACCCCAACGCCGGCUAUCCCGUUUGCAUGCUGUAUCUCUACCAAAAGGUCAGCAGCAUCGUCCCGAUUCUUUUCCACGUUCUCAUCUCCCUCAACCGUGUAUGGGCCAUGACCUUUCCCGUCUCCUACCGCGAACGCCACACGCGUCGCCUGGCGGUAUUCAUCUGCAUCGGUACCGUUGCUUACGUCCAUCUUCUCAAUUUACCUCCGUAUUUAAUCGACGUGCUCCACUUUUAUCCAUCGGUAUUUGGCAAGUACCACGACUGCGGUCAUCUGUCUACUAAUUCGAUGGAUUUCCCAAAAGUGGAUGAAAUCAUCAACCGGAUUCUGCCGACACUGAUUGUAUUAGUUUGUUAUAUCUUCAUCAUCGUGAAACGGAGGAGUAAUCGGAUCAGUGCGAGCCGGUGUUCGACACGUACGAAACAUGAGGAUUACUCGCAGCAACCGGGUCCGCUACGGCGCUCCGUCAAGCCGUUCGUUAUCGUCAGCGUGACGUCAAUUAGUCUCCUAAUUUGUUAUCUACCGGUCCAAGUUAUUUUCUUUCUGGGGCUAUUUUUCGCAUAA